AUGUUGGUAGUAUUUAUAGACCCUCAGAAACCCUUUUACGAGUGUCAUCGUCGAGAGAAGAGAAAGGGUCCCAUGAUCUCUGCCGGUGAUGCCGAGUUCCCGCGGGAUUACCACACCCUGGCUGCCGGCGGCGGCCGCGGGGCACGGCGGUUCCCCGACAACACCAACGGGGGGUUCACGUCGUCCUCGCUGGACCGCCGGCAUAACUCCGUGGCCGCCAAGAGCCUGGAGGCCCUGAACAGCAUCCACAAGGCGGACAUCGAACGCCAGCGAGAUGCUCUCAUGGAUCUCCAGAAGAACAAGUACUCCAACAGCCCCGGCAGCAUGUCGCAGGGGUCCGCCCCUGCUGGACGGCAGACUCGCACGCCACGUGUGACACGACUCAGCCCAACACAGCCGGCUCUUGCUGACCAGGCCAGCAGGGUGUCCUUUGCGUCAGCUGAAAAUCUGGAGACCAUGUCAGAGCCGGAUAUACCCAUCGGCUUUAACCGGAUGAACCGGCUCCGCCAGAGCCUGCCGCUGGCCCGCUCGUCCAGCCAGGCCAAGCUGCGGGCGCCAGGGAUCUUGUUCCUCCAGCUUGGGGAGGAGACUCGCAGGGUGCACCUGACCCACGAGCUGACCAGCCUGGAUACUCUGAGGGCCCUCAUCGUGCACAUGUUCCCCCAGAGGCUCACCAUGGCCAUGCUCAG